AUGGCAUUCCAACUCUACUACCUCGAAUUCUCUGUGGCGUUUCUGACCACCGGCUUCAUUUUUGGCUUCCUCGGGGACUCGGUUCCCGGCGGGGAGGAGUAUGGCUUCACGGAUUCGUACCUUGAGGAGAUCUCAGGAGGGCGCGAGUUGACUUGCUAUUUCUGGGCAAUACUGGGUGGUGUCAUCUGGAACGUUGCCAACAUCAUCCUAUGCAAGGGCAUCAGCCUACUGGGCAACGCUAUCGGCUUCCCACUCUGCGUAGGCCUUGGCAUGGUCACAGGUGUUCUCUCAGCAUACAUCCAAGAGCCAAAAAGCGACCUCGCUUUCCUGGUGCCAGGAGUGGUUUUGGCUUUGCUCGGGGCCUCCACCCUGGGCUUCGUCACGUACCGGAAGGAAUCCGAGCUGGCUAGCCUGUCCACAGCGCAUACCGACGCUGGGGGCGAGGGCAACGUCUCAAAGAAGGCGAUGCAGGUAAGUACAGGCGCCAACCUGGCCAGGAAGCUGCUCGUGUGUGUUGCCGGAGGAGUUUUACGUGGCUUGAUGAACAUCGGCAUCGGGAAGGCCACGGGCCCGGCCUGUGGCUUGUCGCCCUAUGCCAACCAGACCUACUUCUCCAUCGGCGUGUUCCUGUCCAGCUUGGGCAUGCUGCCGCUGAUCACGGCACUGCCUAUCGAAGGUGGUAAAGGAACGCACCUUCUUCCGGUGCUUCGGACUGCCUCGAGCGUGAGCACAAAGAACCACCUCCUCGCAGCCCUCGGUGGCUUCAUCCACUGCUCUGGCUUCUAUUGCUUCAACUUGGGCAACCGGCCACUUAGCCUCACCGUUGCCUACUGCAUCGGCCAGUCUGCCCCGCUGGUUGCAAUUCUGUGGGGCACCUUCUUCUUCCGUGAGUUUGCGGGAACAAGCCGAAGAGUUUGGGGUCUUGUGCCUCUGGUGUGUUUGCUCUUCUCAACGGCCAUUUCGCUGAUUGCCCUGGCUGGAUGA